AGGGGCAGGAACACGCAGCAGCAGCGGCGACCCAGCAAGAAGUGAUUUAAAAUUACCGGUCUGCAGCCUUUUUCAUGCUGUAGCCUGUUCCGUCCGUGAUAUAGGAACAUUUUAACAGGGUUAGAAUUAUAGGCUAUCGACGGUGAUAAUAAUAUUAUUACCACAAGUAUUAUGGACGACCAGCUGCUGUGCUGCGAGGUGGACUCCAUCAGGAGAGCCUACCAGGACGUCAACCUGCUCAACGACCGCGUUCUCUACACCAUGCUGAAGGCUGAGGAAAACUACUUACCGUCGCCAAACUACUUCAAGUGUGUCCAGAAAGAAAUUGUACCCAAAAUGAGGAAAAUAGUUGCCACCUGGAUGUUAGAGGUCUGCGAGGAACAGAAAUGUGAGGAGGAGGUUUUUCCACUGGCUAUGAACUAUUUGGACAGAUUUUUAUCAGUGGAGGCCACCAGGAAAACAAGACUACAGCUGCUGGGAGCAACAUGCAUGUUUCUAGCAUCUAAGAUGAAGGAGACUGUGCCCUUAACAGCAGAGAAACUCUGUAUCUACACGGACAACUCGGUCCAGCCCGGAGAGCUGCUGCAAAUGGAGCUGCUGGUUCUCAGCAAACUGAAGUGGGAUCUGGCUUCAGUCACGCCUCAUGACUUCAUUGAGCACUUCCUGUCCAAGCUGAAGAUUUACCCGUCCACAAAGCAGAUCCUCAGGAAACACGCCCAGACCUUUGUGGCACUCUGUGCUACAGAUGUCAACUUCAUUGCCAGUCCCCCAUCCAUGGUGGCAGCGGGCAGCGUGGUGGCAGCUGUUCAAGGUCUCUAUCUGAAGAGCCAAGAUGCUUCCUUGUCCUCCGAGAACCUCACCAACUUCCUGUCACAGGUCAUUCGUAGUGACCCGGACUGCUUGCGGGCAUGUCAGGAACAGAUAGAGUCUCUGCUCGAGUCCAGCCUGCGGCAGGCUCAGCAGCACAGCAGCGCAACAGAAACCAAACGAGUGGACGAGGAUGCGGACCUGUCCUGUACCCCAACAGAUGUAAGAGACAUCAACAUCUGAAAUGGCUGUCAGACCAUGACCUGAUGCUCAAGGAAAAGUUUUUGACAGGAGGUAGUGACAAGUGGGCUUGGUGCUAGCCCCCCCCUUCGUUCUGGUGGGCUGCUCUCAUGGACGACAUGUCACUCACAUGCCCACUGUCCUCUACAACUGCCAAGACGGGACCAAGUGCUCCCCGCCCACCCCCCAACAAACCCCAAGUCACAUUUCCUGCCAGUGUCACCUCGUAUCCUGGGAAAUGAAAUGAACACUACAGAAAUGUGCAAAAGUCAAAAGACACCGAAUAAUUUGCGUGGGCUGGAUUUGAAGUCACAAAGCAGACAUUUUAAUAUAUAUAUUUUCAUAUUCCCUCAAAUAUUAAACUAGGAAUCUUAAAAUUACUUCAGACUCAACUUGCCUACUAAACCAUCCCAAAGUGUAAUGUACAGUAGGUCCAUUGAAGUCUCCAGGUGUUCACCUGAAAAAUGACUUUUAGGAGAGAAGGCUUUUAUUUGUUUUAUUUCUCUUUAUCUAGAAUGUUUUAGACUUUCUGUCCAAGCUCCCAUGUUUGUCCUGUUGCAGUGGAGACAUUCAUAUAUCCCUGCUUGCUUAUGUUUAGUCACUUUAUUAUAAAUGAUUUUAGACUUCUUCAUCAGUUAGUCUUAUACCUCUUACAAGCUUUUUGUUUUUUAAACCAAGUGUAUUGUGAGACGCUCUGUUUAUUUGACCUGAGUGACUGUGGACUGCUGACGUUAAGGUUUGGACAAAUCUGUUUUUUGUUCAUUCCCAACAGUUGCUUUACUGGUUUCAGCUUGCUGUUGUUUGAUGAGAUCAAAUUGAUGCACAACCAAGUAGAGCAUACCACAGUCUGUUGUGUUUUCUUUCUCUGUGUAGUUGAACCUAAACCAUUCCAACCUUGUUUUCUGAAAAAAAAAGCACUUUUGGUCAGCGCUGCUGGUCGUCUAAAAAAAAAAAGAAAUCACAGUGAUGAAGUAUGUAAAACAACAUGAAAAUGGAAUGGGGAUUUGAGCAGGAGUGUUUUGGUGAUGGAGAGUCAGAGCAGCGCCUGCAAACAGUUACCCCUGGAUCUGCUUAAUGUGAUGGGACAAAAGAAUUGACUAGUAUGGCAGAAAUACUUUUUUCAAAACAAAAAUGAAUGCUGCUAGAGACUGUCAUGAGUCUCAUAGAGCCACUGGCUUGCUGUAACUGUUUUUUCAAUUCUCCAAUUUGAGUUUUAGCUACAAACAAACAUUUCAUACAGACCAAGCUGCUCUUACAGUUAAAGAAGUACCAUUGCUUUAAACCUCAGUGUGUAGAGCCAAAAGCUGAAGGUUCAGAGUAUUAUUUUUGUAGUUAAAAUAAUACUUCAUUUUUAUCUAGUAAUGUUUUAAGGAAAAUAUGACUCCACCUACUGAUGUUUAGCUGUCUUUAAAAGUGAAAUUCCAGUCUGCCUCUGAAUCACCAAGACAGUUGCUCCACCUCAGUUCAAAUACUGCUCAUGGAUUCUCUCUCUCUCUGUGUGUAUGCUUGUGUGUGUGUGUGUGUGUGUGUGUGUGUGUGUGUGUGUGUGUGUGUGUGAGUGAGUGGGGGGUUGGGGGGUGUCUAUUGACGUGAUUUUGCACAAAGCUAGAAAGACAUGGGCUGCGUUUCUUGGGGACUUGCCUGAAAAUGUGGAGAGCAAAGCUGGCAAGAGCACACAGGGGUGAAAAGGUGGCAAAAAGGGUGACGGCUCAACAGGGAGGUGUGUCUUAAUGUUGUAGGGUUCAAGUCAGGGUUCCUACACAGGACAGGAAAGAUGUCAUAACCAAGUCCAUAUAUACUUAAUAUAGGAUGAAGAUAGACAGAUUACUGCAAGCAGGAGCGCUCGCUUCGAAUCCACUUCUUGAGGAAAGUAUUGAAUUCUUUAAGUGUGAACUGUCUAGGAACCCUGUAAAUUAGGUUUCUGAUUGUACAGUAAGGAUAGAGAGUAGGAGAGAAACACUCCUUGUAUUCCGCUGCUAUAGAAAAUACAUCCCAGAUACAUGUUUGAAAAAAAAAAAGACAAAAAACAUGAUGGAUUAAAAACAAUGCUUUUGUCUUGUUUGCUGCUACAUUUUUGGUUGAUUUUGAAUUUUUUAUACAUAUAAAUGUCAAUAUACUGCCAUCCUAGGUUUGAAUUUUCUCAUAGAAAAUUGUUAUUGACAUCCUAAUUGUGGUUUUUUAUAGUAGAUUCUAUGUGACCAGUUUUUGUUAAUAAUUACAUAUGAUUUUCCAAACUAUUCCAAAAAACUAGGAAAAUUGAGACAAUGUACAGAAAUGCUUUGAUCCACAAUACCUCAUGUGACAGUAACGAUCUAUGUCUAAUUUUUAGUCUUUUUAUUUGUUUAGUUCUUAUUCUAUUCUACAUGUUGGUUCAGUGCCUACUAGCUCUGUUGAACCUGCUUGAGAUGAAGCAUCUAGGGUCAAAACCAGCAAGUCUAGGGCAUGCUUUGAUACUGGUGCCAUAACAGAAAAUGGGAUAUGUAUAACUCUGUUGAGUGUUAAACUGUCUCGGUGAAAGAGACUUUAGCCCCCUUUUGGCCCAUAGUGGCCCUCUUUCCUUUCCCGUUUUAUAUUUAUAAAAGAAAAAGCUUUUUGCUCCAAACUUUUCAAACUGUCAGUGAGUUGAUUUGAGUUUGUAAAUAGGUUCAGUGUUGUGCUCGGUAAGCCAUAGACUGUUUUGUUUUUACAAAUCAUUCCCACAGUUGUGUCUACUUCAUGCCAGUUGUCUGCAACUGGGACAAACAGUGUAUUCAUAAUUGUGUACACAAUAAAGACAUGAAUUU